CAGCGGUCGCGCGCGCCGCCGGGGCCGCGCGCGCCCGCCCGAUUCCAACAUGGCGGCGGGGGGCGGCGGCGGCGGCCGCGGGGCCGGCGGGGGCAGCGCCCCUCGCUGGGGCGGCGGCGGCGGCCGGGCCGCGCCGCACGAGAAGCUGCCGGUGCACGUGGAGGAUGCGCUUUCCUACCUGGACCAGGUGAAGAUUCGCUUCGGCAGCGACCCCGCCACCUACAACGGCUUCCUGGAGAUCAUGAAGGAGUUCAAGAGCCAGAGCAUUGACACACCUGGAGUCAUCCGACGUGUUUCUCAGCUUUUCCAUGAGCAUCCCGACCUCAUUGUGGGAUUCAAUGCAUUUCUUCCUCUGGGCUACAGGAUAGAAAUUCCAAAGAAUGGGAAGUUAAGUAUACAGUCACCUUUGAAUAGUCAGGUGCCCCCAGAGCCCGUUCCCAGCGCGCUCCCUGGCAGCGGGCUGGUCUUGCACUACUCCCAGGAGAACUCCCACAACCACAGCGACUGCUCCGAGGAGUUUCGGCAGCAGCUCCCCUACAAAGAGGAUAAAUCCCAAAUUCCCUUGGAGUCUGAUUCCGUGGAGUUCAAUAAUGCCAUCAGUUACGUCAAUAAGAUCAAAACACGUUUCCUUGACCAUCCGGAGAUUUACAGAUCCUUUCUAGAAAUCCUUCACACUUACCAGAAGGAGCAGCUGAACACCAAGGGCCGACCCUUCCGGGGCAUGUCAGAGGAGGAAGUGUUCACUGAAGUGGCCAAUCUGUUCCGAGGACAGGAGGAUCUGCUCUCCGAGUUUGGACAGUUCCUCCCAGAGGCAAAAAGGUCUUUGUUCACAGGAAAUGGACCAUGUGAGGUGAACAGUGUGCAGAAAACUGAGCACGAGAAGAAUCUGGAGCACAGCAAGAAGCGAUCCAGGCCGCUGCUGCUGCGUCCUGUUUCUGGCCCAGCAAAGAAGAAAAUGAAGCUGCGAGGUACCAAAGAUCUGUCAGUGGCGACAGUGGGGAAAUACGGGACACUGCAAGAGUUCUCCUUCUUUGACAAGGUUCGCAGGGUGCUCAAGAGUCAGGAGGUCUAUGAAAAUUUUCUGCGUUGCAUUGCUCUUUUCAACCAGGAGUUGGUCUCUGGCUCUGAGUUGCUCCAGCUUGUUACACCAUUUUUAGGGAAAUUCCCGGAGCUCUUUGCACAGUUCAAGUCCUUCCUUGGGGUGAAGGAGCUUUCCUUUGCCUCUCCGCUGAGUGACCGCUCCGGGGAUGGGAUGAGCCGGGAAAUCGAUUACGCUUCCUGCAAACGCAUCGGAUCCAGUUACAGGGCUCUCCCAAAAACCUACCAGCAGCCCAAGUGCAGUGGGAGAACAGCCAUUUGCAAGGAGGUAUUAAAUGACACCUGGGUUUCAUUUCCAUCCUGGUCUGAAGACUCCACUUUUGUCAGCUCCAAGAAGACUCCGUAUGAGGAGCAGCUGCACCGCUGUGAGGACGAGCGCUUUGAGCUGGAUGUUGUCUUGGAGACCAACUUAGCCACAAUCCGUGUGCUGGAGAGUGUGCAGAAGAAGCUGUCCCGCCUGACCCAGGAGGACCAGGAGAAGUUUCGCCUGGAUGAUUGUUUGGGGGGAACCUCAGAAGUGAUCCAGCGCCGGGCCAUCUAUCGCAUCUACGGCGACAAAGCCCCGGAGAUCAUCGAGAGCCUGAAGAAAAACCCGGUCACUGCCGUCCCUGUGGUUCUGAAGAGAUUGAAAGCAAAAGAGGAGGAAUGGAGGGAGGCCCAGCAGGGCUUCAACAAGAUUUGGAGAGAGCAGUAUGAGAAGGCCUAUUUGAAAUCCCUGGACCACCAGGCUGUCAACUUCAAGCAGAAUGACACCAAAGCUCUGCGCUCCAAGAGCUUGCUGAACGAAAUUGAGAGUGUCUACGACGAGCAUCAGGAGCAGCACUCGGAGGGGAGGAGUUCAUCCACGAACGAGCCUCAUCUUAUCUUCAUCUAUGAAGACAAGCAGAUUUUGGAAGAUGCAGCAUCUCUUAUCAGCUAUUACGUGAAGAGGCAGCCCACCAUCCAAAAGGAGGAUCAGGCAACCAUCAGGCAGAUUGUGCAUCACUUCAUACCUGAGCUGUUCUUCUCUCAGCCACCCGAACACAACAUUUCUGAGGAGUCAACAGAUGAGGACAGAGAAAACCACCAGGGGCAGAACCUGGAUACUCCUGAGCUGCGCAAAAAACACGUGCCUGGGCCUCCAAGCAGUCCUUUGGAGACCAAAGCAACCUUCUGUGAUGUUACAGCUGCUGAGCCCCACAACACCCUGGAUGAUGUUUACAGCCUCUUCUUUGUCAAUAAUAAUUGGUAUUUCUUCCUGCGCCUCCACCAGACUCUGUGCUCCAGGCUCCUAAAGAUUUAUCGGCAGGCCCAGAAGCAGCUGCUGGAAUAUCGGACUGAGAAAGAGAGAGAGAAGCUCCUCUGUGAAGGGAGGAAAGAAAAAACCAAUGAUCCAGCUAUGGAGCUAAGACUGAAGCAACCAAGUGAGGUGGAGCUGGAGGAGUACUACCCAGCCUUCCUGGACAUGGUGAGGAGCCUGCUGGACGGGAACAUCGACCCCACGCAGUACGAGGACACGCUGCGGGAGAUGUUCACCAUCCACGCCUACAUCGGCUUCACCAUGGACAAGCUGGUGCAGAACAUCGUGCGCCAGCUUCACCAUCUAGUGAGCGAUGACAUCUGCUUGAAGGUGGUUGAGCUGUACCUGAACGAGAGGAAGCGAGGAGCUGCUGGGGGUAAUUUGUCAUCCCGCUGUGUCCGGGCAGCAAAGGAGACCAGCUACCAGUGGAAGGCUGAACGGUGCAUGGCAGAUGAGAACUGCUUCAAGGUCAUGUUUCUCCAGAGGAAAGGACAGGUGAUCAUGACCAUUGAGCUGCUGGAUACAGAAGAAACCCAGACAGAAGAUCCUGUGGAGGUCCAGCACCUGGCAAACUACAUGGAGCAGUACGUUGGGGUGGAAGGAGCUCCCAACAACCAGAACGAUGGCUUCCUCCUGAAACCAGUCUUUCUGCAAAGAAACCUGAAGAAGUUUCGCAAGUGGCAGUGCAAGCAGGUGAGGGCCCUGCGCAGCGAGGUCAAGAGCUCCUGGAAGCGGCUGAUCGGGGUGGAGAGCGCCUGCAACGUCGACUGUCGCUUCAAGCUCAACACCCACAAGAUGAUGUUCAUCAUGAACUCCGAGGAUUACAUGUACAGGAGGGGAGCUCUCUGCAGAGCCAAGCAGGUCCAGCCCGUGGUGCUGCUGAAGCACCACCAGCAGUUCGAGGAGUGGCACAACCGGUGGCUGGAGGAGAACGUGUCCAUGGAGGCCGUGGAUGUGGUUCAAGACUGGCUGAUGGGGGAUGAGGACGAGGAGAUGGUGCCCUGCAAAACCACCUGUGAGACAGUGAACGUGCACGGGGUGCCAGUGAACAGAUACAGAGUGCAGUACAGCCGCCGCCCCGCUUCGCCCUGAGCGCCCAGGGCCCACAGUUACGAUCAGAAUAAUGGUGGGAAUGCAAUGUAUGUAUUAAUGAUAUUUAUCCAAACAGCAUUUUACUUUGGAUUAUCAUGUAUUUUCCAUAUGGCAUAGACUUGUCUCCUUGCAGUGUAAUCCUCCAGCCAUCAUGAAGAGACUUGUAAAAGCUUUUAUGGGAAAGGGCCUCUUGGCAUUGCCACACACUGUUUGUAGUUUCCUGGCUUUAGGCCACUGAGGGGGUGAACUACCACUGGUGGCUUUGUUGGAGAGGUGGAGCUGGGCUGGUGUUUGAGCAGAUGCUGGCAGCUGCUUCCACUUCGAAGGUUUUAAUAUUCCCCAUCUUCCUGACUUUGUGAUGUCUUGGAGCCUGCAGAACUCUUCACUGUACCCUGGGAGUGCCAGCAGGGCCGAGAGCCCCCUGCACAGGGCGGCUUCGUUAUCCCUGGGAACCAACAAGGCAACAAAUGACUCUUGUUCCUGGUGCUCUGGUGAGAAAAAUGCCAAAACUGACACGGGGAUGGCCAGCACUCAAGGCUCUGACGCUUCCUCAUCAACCAAGUGUUCUGGAGCAUGAACUGAGGGGAAGAGCCUGGAGCUGUGGUGCUGGGACAGAGGCAAUGCCCGGCCUGAGACCCCCCAGCUGCUGAUGCUGCUUUGGGAGCUGAGGAUCUGCUGAAGACUCUGCCCUCCAGAAUAUCCAUGGGGAAGAAUAUCCAUGGGAAGGAAUAUCCAUGGAGAGGAACGUCCAUUGCGAGGUCUGGCCUGGUUUUUGGGUUUGUGUUUUGCAUGUUGGUGAUCAGCUCCGGAGCUGGGCGUUUCCCUGGGCAUGGCCGGCCCCCGGCGCGGCUGCAGCACAGCGGGGACAUCGGCAGAGGGAGCUCCCGGAGCACGGCCCGGGGAUGGAGCUCCGGGAGCACGGCCCGGGGAUGGAGCUCCCGGAGCACGGCCCGGGGAUGGAGCUCCCGGAGCACGGCCCGGGGAUGGAGCUCCCGGAGCACGGCCCGGGGAUGGAGCUCCGGGAGCACGGCCCGGGGAUGGAGCUCCCGGAGCACGGCCCGGGGAUGGAGCUCCGGGAGCACGGCCCGGGGAUGGAGCUCCCGGAGCACGGCCCGGGGAUGGAGCUCCCGGAGCACGGCCCGGGGAUGGAGCUCCCGGAGCACGGCCCGGGGAUGGAGCUCCCGGAGCACGGCCCGGGGAUGGAGCUCCCGGAGCACGGCCCGGGGAUGGAGCUCCCGGAGCACGGCCCGGGGAUGGAGCUCCGGGAGCACGGCCCGGGGAUGGAGCUCCCGGAGCACGGCCCGGGGAUGGAGCCCGCAGAGGGAGCUCCCGGAGCACAGCCCGCAGAGGGAGCUCCCGGAGCACAGCCCGCAGCUGAGCUCCGGCCCGCGGGCUCUGCUGUUUCUGCUGGGUUUGCAGGGACACGCGGAAAUCUGCGAGGAGCAGAGCGAGAUCCAGCCACGACCAUCCCAGAUGAGCUUUUCCACUGAAGCAUCCGUACUCCUUUCGAAGCUGUUUUUGCCAUGAAACCUAACACAGCCUGCCCUGAUCUGUGCAGAGCACUACAUCUGACUUAAUCUAGUGAGAAAUCAAGGAAAUGUACUCGUGUCUGUCCUGCAGCCCCACUGAGACUUCACUCCUGUUUUUCAGGGGCCAAGGGCAAGCACGCUGUCCGUGGAGAGUAUUACAAACAUAAUGUUUUGAGGCAUACCCAGCCUCCUUUCAGCUUUGCUUCCAACUUCUCCCUGGCUUUUGGGGCAAUAGCCCCCCUACCCUGAAACUUUCUGUGGCUUUGAUUUUUAGGUGAUGAUUUCUGCCAGACCUAAGGAGCAGCCUGUAGGAUUUGUCCUGGGUUAUUUCCACUGUAUGACAUUGGUUUCGCAAUUGUCUCUACUUGACAGUAGAAAAAUUGGCCUUUGGGGUAUGUUUAAUAGAAAACUGUCCCGAGUCUUUGUCUUUUUUGCAAAAUAAUCAGUGGGAGGGAAGGAGGGAGGCCACUCUCUGGCAUUCGUGGCCACUUGCACAACCACUGCCAGCAGAGACUUUUCAUCGGGAACCUGUGUUCUCCUCGUCUGGGGGUCUCUGCUAAACUUUGGUUCCUGAAAUGAUCUGAAGGUUCUUCCCCUGCCCUCAUUGCAGUGAUAAGAGACCACGUGGCUCUGCAAGGGCUGGGGGGAGCAGGGGGACAAGCCCAGUGCCAAGCACACUGUCCCCCUUUCCCUUCCAGCCAGCUCACCAAAACACACUUGGUCCUGCUCACCUCUCUGCUGUCUCCCAGUGGAGAUGACAAUUGUGCCAAAUUUUACGGUUUUAUCAUACAGAAAAACUGUUUACUAGAAAAUAAGUGGCAACUUUGUGGCUUAAAAUGCGUUUGAUUCCAGGUGUACCAAGGUGGGCAACACCCCUGGGCACCGUCCUGUUCCAUCAACCCAUUCUAAGUGUACUUCAGGUAUUUUUAAGCAUCCUUAUUUUGUAAACCUUAAUUUAUAAUCUGAACUGAUUAAGCAAGACUUUUGCCCUUUGCAGUGCUAUUGUCUCGAAGCUGAGAGUAGCAAGGGACAUGAAGGGAAUAUCAGGCAGGUUUGAGAGGGGCUUGUUCAUGUCUGAGGGUUUCAGCUGUGUAUCUGCACGACCUUGAGUCAAGAGUUUGUUCUUCCAUUUGUUUGAAGGAUCUUUGCUUUUGGGCUUGUAAUUGCUUUGCCAGCUCCUUGAAUGUAGUUUUUUUUUAUAUUUAUUUGCACAUUCAAGUAAAAUAAAAUAUUGAUUUUAAAAGUC